AUGGACGAUUUUGUGUUCCUAAACACAACCAAUGCUCCGGGCCUAUCCCCAGAGGCCGCAAAACGAGUGAGGGGCCACAUCACCAAGUCCAACUUCGCCAAACGCCGACAGCGAAUAAUAACAGAGAACCCAGAUGUGAACAAGGAAAAUAACAAGAGGAAUAACAAGAACAACCCUUCUAAGAAUAGAUUGAGUACGAGCACAGACGUGCGGGCUGCAUCAUCAGACCCAACCCGUAACAACAAAGACCUCCAACUCCUCAUUCUUCUCAGCUGUCUAAACCCGCCAACCACCAACCCCUCCGAAGCAGAAUGGGUAGACCUCGUCGCCUCCGAACAAGCUUUGAUCGAAGCAACCAUGGCCGUGGGGAUGAGGCACUGGUCCCCUCAGCCAUCAUGGCAGUUGCAGGCGGAUUUCCGCUCGUCAAGGGCUCUCACUUCUAUUAUUAAACAAAUCAGCUGGAAACAGACGUACACGGAUGGAUUUCUGGCUGCUAUUAUGACAAUGGCGUUUGGAGCGAGAUUGCUGCCUUCGCAUGAGCAGGCGUGGGAUGUGCAUGUUGAUGGACUGGUGCAGCUUAUCAAUGAAAGGCGGUUACGCAGGAUAAGGGAGCCGGGGUGGUUUUGGGAUGGUCUCGUACUGAAGGUUAUUGAUGUGAUCGGUGAUUCUGCUGGUGGCUUGAGAGUUCGCCAGGUUGCGGAGAUAUGUGAGGGCAUUAUGGAGCUACGCAGGUCAAUUAAUCAAAUGUAUCAUACGAGCCACAUCGAUACCCGAUUUGUCGCUGAAGAUAUAGACAAGGAGGCGACGCGACUGCGAGAAAAGAGUCAAAAACUUGGGAAAAGCAAGAAAAACAAAUACGUCUCUGCCACCGCGCUCACCCUGGAGUUAAUCGUAUGCCUUCUCUGGCCAACGGACUCGCAAUUAGGGUACACUCACAACCUUGCCAAAGACCUACAACAAACAACCUCUCAAUUGCCAAAAAUGCCUUGCCCCUAUAUGGACCUUACGUCCUGUCAGUUCAUCAUUGGUGCCGUCGCUGCAGAACACGGCUCAAGUACGAAGACCUGGUUUGUCGAUAAAUUGACUAGCGCGGCUCGCGCAAUGCAAGAACGCGGUUGGAGUGAUGAGCCAUUUGAGAUUUUGCAGAGGAUGCUGAGAGCUGAUGAGAGUCUGAUGGGGUGGUUUGGGAUCGAGGGAGGCAGGGAUGGUAUUAGUAAGGGGUAUGAAGAUAUGUUGAGGCAGAUAUUGGCUCCUUUGAAGAAGGGCUGUUGA